AUGGCUUCUACUCUCAAAGUUCCCAGUGCGCGCGGCCAGUCCAAGCCUGGAGAACCCAUGGUUCUGCCGCCUGGAAUCGACGCCGAGACGUUUGCACGCUUCCUUGAACGUGUUCGUGGAAUCAGUGGCGAUGAGAAUAUUGCAAUUGUCGAAGCAAAGGAGCAACUGAAAGAUGGCACCUACAUGGAACCUAAUAAGACACACGAUAUGCACCACAUCAUCGAUCAAGAUUACUUUGUCUGCUCGGCGACAGUCGCUCCCCGCAACGUGCCCCAAGUACAGGAAAUAGUGAAGCUCUGCAAUGAGUUUGAUAUUCCCAUGUGGCCAUUUUCCAUUGGUAGAAACACCGGCUAUGGCGGUGCAGCACCUCGUGUGCCUGGUAGCAUCUGUCUGGACAUGGGUCGCCACUUGAACCGCAUCAUCGAGGUCAACGCCCAGGAUGCUUAUGCUUUGGUCGAGCCCGGCGUUACAUAUGCCGCUUUGCACCAGUACUUAGUAGACAACAAUCUUCGAGAUAAGGUAUGGCUUGACGUACCAGAUCUAGGUGGCGGCUCUGUCCUUGGAAAUGCGAUUGAGCGUGGCGUCGGCUACACUCCCUACGGAGAUCACUUUAUGAUGCACUGUGGCCUCGAGGUUGUGCUUCCCAACGGUGAACUAGUGAGAACUGGUAUGGGCGCAAUGCCUGAUCCUUCCCAGGGCUCAACACAAGGCCUCAGUCCUGAUCAGCACCCACCCAACCGAGCAUGGCAGCUCUUCAACUACGGAUUUGGUCCUUAUAAUGAUGGCAUCUUUACGCAGAGCAGUCUUGGAAUCACCACCAAGAUGGGCAUCUGGCUCAUGCCGAACCCAGGCGGAUACCAAGCGUACAUGAUUACGAUUCCCACUGACAAGGACCUGCACACGGCUAUUGAAAUCAUCCGACCUCUGAGAACUCAAAUGGUGCUGCAAAACGUCCCCACGCUGCGCUCCAUCAUCAUGGACGCCGCCGUCGCCAACCCUCGCGAGCACUACCUCAAAGAAGACCGACCGUUUACCGAAGAAGAGCUUGACAAGAUGUGCAAAGAUCUCGAUCUUGGCCGCUGGAAUUUCUAUGGGGCUCUUUAUGGACCCGAGCCUGUGCGCAAUGUGCUCUGGAGCGUCAUCAAGCAGGCCUUUUCCACCAUUGCCGGAGCCAAGUUUUACUUUCCUGAAGACCGCACUGAGCCACACUCUGUGCUCAAGACCCGUGAAAAGACAAUGCAAGGUAUUCCGUCGUAUGAUGAGUUGCGUUGGGUCAACUGGAUGCCCAAUGGAUCGCAUCUCUUCUUCUCGCCCAUUGCCAAGGUCUCCGGUGACGACGCAAUGAAGCAAUUUGAAGUGACGAGCCGGCGAUGUCGCGAGGCGGGUAUCGACUUUAUUGGUGAUUUUGUGAUUGGUAUGCGCGAGAUGCACCACAUUGUAUGCAUCACGUUUGACAGGGGAAGCGCCGAGUCCAAGAGACGCGCGCACUGGCUCAUCGAGACACUCAUCAAGGAUUGCGCCGAGUACGGCUGGGGCGAGUACAGGACGCAUCUUGCCGUCAUGGACCAGAUUGCGAAUACGUACAACUUUAACGAUAAUGCGCUGAUGAAGCUCAAUGAGACGAUUAAGAAUGCGCUGGAUCCAAAGGGUAUUCUGGCGCCGGGCAAGAAUGGCAUCUGGCCGCAGACGUACCAGAAGGAUGCGUGGAAGAUUGAAUCAUCUGAGUUGCCCGCAAAGAAGCAGCUCUAG